UGGUAACAGAGGAGCAAAGUGCUGUGGGGAAUGUAGUAGUCCUUCUCUUCUGAGAACCAGGUACAUUCACUACAUGAUGUUAUGAUGUGGAGUACCAAUAACCGAAAAUCAUAAAACCAUGACAAAAGUUAAGCUUCAACACUGGUCGAAAUUAUAGAUUCUGUAGUUUUCUGUGCUUAUAAAUUAAAAGGUUUUUUUUGUUACAAGCUUUUUCUAUGGAUUCAUUGCCUUAUUUCUGGGUUAGAGCCCGGACAAUUUAAAUGGAUGUUGAAAGGAGGCAAUUCAUCUGGCAGUUACAAACUUUUAAAUGUUCGUCCUUGCAAAGUAAUUUUAUUUUCAUGUAGUAUGUAUAUCCUAUGUAAUAUUUGCUAUUUAUCACAUUUGCUAUGUUUUGUAUAUAUUAUUGCUAUAUAUACACUAGCAUUAUAUUGUUUUCAGUGGCAUAAAAUUAGUAAGGGCUUAUGUGGAACAAAGAGCGAGCAGUGUUUGAGAGGCUGUUAAUGAAAAUUGCUGUUAACCGCUGAAGAUUUCCUAGCUGUUGUCCUGCCUCAUCCUCAGCCUGUAUUUAAUGUCAGGCACAUUGUCGAAUGUUCGUGUUCUCUGAAUCAAUGCUUGCUCACAGGAGACCAGGAACCAACACCUCAUGUCCUUCGCUGUUCCGCCUGUGAUGAAACUGAUGAGCUCUGCCAUUGUUCUAACUUUGGAGGACGUGCCCGCUGGCACAGCUGUGCUCGUUGAAGCGUCUCGCGCUGCAGCGGGGCGGAGCUGGGCGGUCUCACGGGCCGCUCUUUGGCGCCCCCUCGCGGGUCGGUUUCGGGACGGGGUUUCGCGGCUGCGCGGCCCGCCGACAGCUCUGCGUCACGUGGUGUUCCGCCUGCACUACAGUUCCCGGCAUGCACAGCGCUCACGGCAGGACGGGCCGCUUCCGCCGUGCUCCCGCGUCACCUCUCGAAAUUUGAAAGUAAGUCCCAUGGUGCCCCGCAGGCGCCCGCUGAUUGGUCGGGCGGCAGCGGCGCGCGGUUCGAAGGUGGCGGCGGCGCGCGCUCGCGGGCGUUGGGCUGGGUCCGAGCCUCAGCUUCAGCCUGAGCAGCGCCCAGGCAGCGCGGCCGGCGCUUCGACUCUCGUCCUCGGCCCGCUCGAAUCCAGGUGCGCCAUGGCUUCCCUCAGCUUCCAGAGCGGCGGCGGCUCGAAGAAGGAGGAGAAGGGCAAGAACAUCCAGGUGGUGGUGCGCUGCAGGCCUUUUAAUGCCUCGGAACGUAAGGCAAACUCCUAUGCUGUUGUAGACUGUGAUCAAGCACGAAAAGAAGUUAGUGUCCGCACUGGAGGUGUCACAGACAAGAUGUCCAAAAAGACUUACACGUUUGAUAUGGUUUUUGGAGCUCAGGCAAAGCAGAUUGACGUAUACCGGAGUGUUGUGUGUCCUAUUCUGGAUGAAGUUAUUAUGGGCUAUAACUGUACAGUGUUUGCCUAUGGCCAAACUGGUACUGGUAAGACUUUCACGAUGGAAGGGGAACGGUCACCCAACGAGGAGUACACUUGGGAAGAGGAUCCAUUAGCAGGUAUAAUACCCCGUACAUUGCAUCAAAUAUUUGAAAAACUCACAGAGAAUGGCACUGAAUUUUCAGUGAAAGUCUCUCUUUUGGAAAUAUAUAACGAGGAGCUUUUUGAUCUUCUGAAUCCUACUCCUGAUGUUGGAGAAAGACUGCAGAUGUUUGAUGACCCCCGAAACAAGAGAGGUGUAAUUAUUAAAGGCUUGGAGGAGGUAACUGUACACAACAAAAAUGAAGUCUAUCAGAUCCUGGAAAGGGGUGCAGCAAAGAGAACAACUGCGGCUACUUACAUGAAUGCAUAUUCCAGCCGUUCCCACUCCGUGUUUUCAAUUACCAUCCAUAUGAAAGAAACCACAAUGGAUGGAGAAGAACUUGUUAAAAUUGGGAAGCUAAACUUGGUUGAUCUUGCAGGAAGUGAGAACAUCGGUCGAUCUGGGGCAGUUGACAAAAGAGCUCGUGAAGCUGGAAAUAUCAACCAGUCUCUCCUGACUCUGGGAAGAGUUAUUACAGCUCUAGUAGAAAGAGCCCCACAUAUUCCAUACAGGGAAUCUAAGCUCACAAGAAUCCUUCAAGAUUCUCUUGGAGGACGAACAAAAACAUCAAUAAUUGCCACAGUUUCUCCUGCAUCUAUAAAUCUUGAGGAAACACUGAGUACACUAGAAUAUGCCCACAGGGCAAAGAACAUAAUGAACAAGCCUGAAGUUAACCAGAAGCUGACCAAAAAAGCUCUUAUUAAGGAAUAUACUGAAGAGAUUGAACGUCUGAAACGAGACCUUGCUGCUACACGUGAAAAAAAUGGAGUCUAUAUUUCCCUUGAAAAUUUUGAAGCCCUUAAUGGAAAGCUGACGGUUCAGGAAGAACAAAUUGCAGAGUAUAUUGACAAAAUCAGUGUCAUGGAGGAAGAGAUGAAAAGAGUAACUGAACUGUUCACAGUUAAUAAAAAUGAACUUGAGCAAUGUAAAACAGAUCUGGAAAUCAAGGAGAAAGAACUGGAAGAAACACAGAAAGAUCUGCAAGAAACCAAAGUUCAUCUGGCUGAAGAAGAAUAUGUGGUUUCAGUUUUGGAAAAUGCUGAACAAAAACUUCAUGGCACAGCUAGCAAGUUGCUUAAUACAGUUGAAGAAACCACAAAAGAUGUAUCCGGUCUCCAUGCAAAACUGGACCGUAAGAAGGCUGUUGAUCAGCACAAUGCUGUUGUUCAGAAUGCAUUUGCACAACAAAUGACUGAUUUGUUCAACAAAAUACAAGAUUCAGUUAAUGAGAACAGCGUGAAGCAGCAACAGAUGUUGACAUCUUACACAAAUUUUAUAGGUGACAUCUUGUCUACCAGUUCAUCAGCAGCUAAUAUUCUUACAUCAGUUGCAUCAGCAUCUUUUGCCUCUCUUAAGGAAUUGGUGUCUACUGAAGUUUCCUGCAUGUCUGAAAAAGUAUUACAACACGAGAAUCUGUCACUUGAUCAUAAAGCUGAGCUCCUGAGAUUAAUUGAGGAGCAUGCAUCUGGAUUAGGAAGCGCAUUAAAUAGCUUGACACCAAUGGUAGAAUUUGUCCUGGGCCUAAACUGUCAGUUUCAGACUAACAUGAAAAAAUAUUCAGCUGUGGCUGAUAAGAUGGAAGGUCAUAAAAAAGAAAUGGAUACCUUCUUUGAAGAUCUUUCUCUCAUGCUGAAAAAAUUACAGGAAGAAACAGAUAAUGUUCUUGCUCAGCUUCAGAAUGAUUGUGAAAAUUUAAGAGAAGAAGUGGAAAUGACAAGACUAGCUCAUACAAAGAGUGCAGCUGAAUUAAUGUCCUCACUACAAAGACAGCUUGACCUGUUUGCUCAGGAGACUCAGAAGAACUUAGCUGAUGUACUGGCAAAAAAUAGAAGCUUGAAGACCGCCAUCACUGAUGUACAAGAAAAUGUUCACCUGAAAACUACAGACCUAGUCAGCAGUACAGCUUCUAAUCAUAGCAGAUUUAUUGCAUCUAUGGAUAAUUUUUCUAAGGAGCUCAGGAUUAUAAAUGGUGAAAACAAGAGGAUGCUGGAAGAUUCCACUGACCACUGCCAGCAACUUCUCAUCAAUCUCAGAAACGUGUCUCAGGAUGCUGAUACAUGUGCUGAACUUACAAUUGCUCAGAUAGGCGGCUUUACCGAUCAGCAGCUAUUGUCCUUCAGGGAUGAGAAACAACAAUUUAUGUGUUUUCAAAAGAAAAACAGAGAAAACUGUGAUAAAGCAAUAGCUGAAAUUGCCGACCAUAUUGAUGCUCAAAAAACCGCUGAGGAGAAGGUACUACACGGCCUUCUUGAUCGAAUAAAAGUUGAUCAGGGAGUACUUCUGGAGCAGAAGCUGGCACUUAAUGAGAAAGCACAGCACGGACUGGCUCAGGUUAAUGGUUUCCUGCAAGAAGAUCUUAAAGUGGAUAUUCCAACAGGGACAACUCCACAGAGAAGAGACUACUCCUAUCCAGUCACGCUGGUGAAAACAGAACCCAGGGAACUUCUACUGGAACAACUGAGGCAAAAGCAACUAAAGCUUGAUGCUAUGCUAAACAGUGUGAUAAAGGAAGUGGAGGGGAAUGCAGAUGAGGACCUGCUGGAAGAGGAGGAAGGGGUGCAAGAAUCCAGUGAAAGCCUUGCUGGUGACAAGUUCUUAGUGGAUAUAAACAUAAGCUGUCAUGCAAAUGGGGGCAUUCCCUUUUUCCAGCACAAAAGGAGUCACAAAAAAGACAAAGAGAACAAAGCUGCAGCUAUGUUGGAGAAAACCAAAACUGAAGAUAUGACAGAACAGCUUCUUCCUAAAUCUAAGCUGCCCUUAAGAUCAGUGAACUAAGACAGACAUAUAUAUACAUACACUGCAGAUUCUUAUUAUAAAAUACUUUUGGUUAUCUACUGAGCCAUAACUUCUCUUGGUUAUUCUAUUUCUGCAUAUAGUGGUAUACUGAUGCAGCAUUGGAUGAAAAACUUGACCCGAUAUGUCCUGCUUUUGUCCUAUUUUUAUAUGCAAUGGCUUGCAAAGUAUUAACAGUUUUAUUUAAAAAAAAAAAAAUCAACAAAAACAAUCUGCGGAUUAUGGUGCUGUAUAUUAAAUGACAUUUCUUAUCUUGUCAAUAGACUGCUUUCUGCUUCUUAGUAGAUUUGUAAUAGCAGGAAGGGAUAUAGAAUAAUGUUUUUUUUUUUAAUUAAUUGUAAAUAAGUGAUCUGUUUUUGUACCUGCCUUACUCUGAUUCCUGUUAUUAUGAAGUCGAUAGUUGUCUUUGGGUAACUUUCAAAUAAAUCAGUUGAUACACAGAGUACAGAUGUGUAAGCAUAUGUGAUUUCAGUCUUAAAUUAAACUUGAUAAUAUAGCUAAAACAUUAGCAUCUUUGCAUAAUAGCUGCUCUGGAUGCCAUUCAAACAACUGCUGUUAGAUAAAUAAUUUUGAUUAUGCCCUUGCACUGUGAUUCUCUUAGCUCUAGCACCAGAUAGACUGAUCAGCUGUAUUUCUCUGUACCGCUUCUUACCUGCUAAAGUUAAUUGCUUUCCUUUAGCAGCUGAUAGCAGGAGCCAAGAGCAUUCCCUUCCAAAUGAACGAGGCAGCUGAAUGUCCACAAAUGCUUUAUUUUUUUAUUUUUGUGAUGUCUUGGUACUUAGUUUAUAUACCAAAUCUUUCCACUGUAUGGAGCUUGGAACCCUGAAAGGGGUUUUGAAAUCCUGUUUUGUCUGUGGGAAUGUCUCCAUUGGAGUGGUUGGUAUACUGUGAAAAUCUGGCAGCAGAAACAUCAUGGAUGUAAGAAUUCUCCAAGGCUUAGCAUCUAGGUUCUUGUACCAUGUUCUUUUACACUGAUGAGAUUUUUUGCUAGUGUGAUCUAUCCAUUUCCUAACUAAAAGGCACUUCUGCAAGUCUUUCACCCUUAAUUUUCCAUAUAGAGUUCACAAGAUCGAUGUGAACAAACAAACUUGAGCAGCCAGUGCCAAGGAAGGAUCACAUCCAUUAAAAUUAUGCCAAAAUCUGUGCUUAUUUAACUUUUUUGAAACUGUACCCUUGUCCAUAGCUGUUUGAUUUGCCCUGGUGCUGACACAGGUUGCUUUUCUCAUAUUGAGAGCCUUAACAGAUAUGUGAAUCUGUGGACUGCUUGCUUUCUCUUUUCAGAAAGUCAUAGUUGUUUUUUUUUUUACAUUUGCAAUAAUAUUAUGGCAGAUCAUUGUUUCUUUCAUUGGGCCUGGUGCCUAGUAGUCACACCAGAAAGCUGAAUGGGAUGAAAGAUUUGGAUACAGAACCUGUCUCUGCUUCCUUGCCUGUGUCUCUUCUCCCACUAGGUGGCUCUAAUACUGAAGUGUUAGUCUAAACCUCUAGCUCUGAUUGCUAACCAGGAUUUAGGAACAGGCAUUUUGCUGAGGUUUCCGUCAAACAUCUGUUACAAGAGCAGGUUUGAAAAACGAAUAAUUUUAUGCUUCUGCUAGGAUAAUCUUAUGUUCAAACUGGGGUGAAGGCUUGUUUAAUGAAGGAGCUGCACUUGAGAGAAACGUUCAGAACUGUGGCUUGGGCUUUGCUGCAGGAUCAAUAGAUGCUUGUAGUAAUCAAAUGUUCUCUGAGAUCUUUGUUGCACGGGCAUUCCCUGCAGUAGAAAGCAAAACCUACUUGCUUUGGUAUAAGAAACACCUCUUGCUUAACUUUGCUUACACAGGGUUACUGGAUACACAGGUUUAACCCGAAGACAGGAAAUCGGUGUGAUCUAGGGUAGUUUACAGGGUGGUAUCAAUUUGGCUUAUUAGAAAGUGUCAUUCAUAAGAAGUGUCAGAAGCCAUUUCCACAGAACAAAUAGCAAGGUCAUACCCUGACUGAAUUAGUUCUGCUGAGCUGGAGGGGGAGUUGUGGUGUGACUGGGACUGUAGCGUACAGCCAUGUUCUAAUUAACCAGACAAUGUUUUGUCUGAUUCUAGACUAGCAGCCAAGUGAGACAACUCUUGAAUUAACAGGAAGGAAAAAAAAAAAAAACCAUGUACAAUGAAUGGUAAAAUGAACUGGGGGAAAAGAAGAACUUAAGCACAUGUAAUAUGGAAGAAUGGGGAGAUACUGAUAAAACGACAACAGGAAACAUAACAAUCAGAGCCACCAGCCUUCUCUUCAGUUAAAAAGAGAGCAAUGAAGAGAAAGUGGAGGAGAGGAAGUUUUCUGCUUCCAAGCUGACUGGCUGCUGUUGCUGGUUGCUUCCGUUUCAAGUAUCAGAAGCAGCUGUGUGAGACUGGAGAGGAGUGAGGAGAAGGUACGUAGCUGUUAGGCUCUACCUUUCUUUUUGCUGUUAGGCAUUAGUCACCCUUGUAAUCGUCUGUAAAAUGAGCAGAGGAAACAAGAGAGUCUAUAACCCUUCAGGGUGAUGAAAAGAAAUUUUAAAUAUAGAAAGAGAUUGUAAAAUAAAAAAGGUUAAAAUUCCUUUUCCAUCAAAAAGCUUUUGAAGGGGAAAAAAUGAGCUCUAAUCUUCUAGAACAUUAAAAACGAAAAAAUAAAUAAAUAUAUAGUUGCUAAAUAUAUACUUUUUAAAUGACUGUUUACAACCAUCUGACUACUAUUUUUUCUUUCCUUGUUAGAAACUACUUUUUAUGGUAGAGGACUAUGCUCUAUAAACUACCCGCCCACACACAUAGUUGCUUUAUGAACUUAAAUAACAAAUCAUGCCAGGUUUUGUGUUAGUAGGGUUUAUACGAUGCAGUAUUACAGGUGGGAUGUAGACCACCUACCAAAGUAGGCCACUCUUGAAGGUUGAACCCAGAUUCAAUCCACAGCGGUAUUGCUGCGCUCAUUCUUGAAAAUGUUAAAAACCCACAGCUCAGUAGGAGCACAGGGCAGCUAAGUGAAUAUUCAGAUCUCUGUGUUCAGGAUGCAUCUGAAAUCAUCUUUGGUCCCUAAAGGGCCUGACUGUGAAAAUGAGGGCACUUCAUCCCUAUUCAUGUGCCCUUGAGACACGUUAAAAAGGAACAAAUGCUUGGUCCAGUGCUCUCCCUUCAGGGAAAAGGAUUGGAACAAACUGCCAUUUUUAUAAGGGGUCUGAAAAAUAUUUAGCGUGCUUAUUCUAUUUCAAACACUGUCAGAGUUAAAGUUUUGCAAAUCGCUCUGUGAAAAAACUCAGCUUUUAGGUGGCAUAGAAUUAGAUUUUGUAAAGUAAUGAGAAUUAAUUGUACUGUGUUGUUGUUUUUUCUCUCUCCAGAAUAUUAAACCUAUAUAAAUGUUUCCUGGGCUUUAUUUGUUAUACUUGAAAUACUCUGGGGACUCUUGGCCUGUUAUAACCCAAACAUUGUAAUUCAAAGAAUGAGACACAGUGACUGAAAUGUUGAACUUGACAAGUACACUUUAUUUUUUAAUUACCAAAAUGUAAGAAUGAAAUAAACAGAUGACGUAAAAUACA